CUCGAGAGUUGGUCAUUAUUCCCACCGAGCUAACUCAAAACCUCUGCCAACUCAUAAACCUCCGCCAACUCAUAAACCUCUCUCUAAUUCCCUCUAAGACCCUCUCAAACACUCUUUCUUAUCUAAAACCUUAACCGAAAACAUUCAUCAAAACCCCAACUUGAAUCACAAAAAUGAUCUUCAAUUUAACACUACCAACUCAUUGUUUAUCCUUGGUGUUAAACGAUAAAUACCCUUCUUUUCACUUUCAAAUCAAAACUCAAUUUCAAACAAUUAAAUCCCCAAAUAAAUUGAAGUGUUCAGCUUCAAAACAACCCCAGAAACAGCAAAAUGAACCCAGACAAAGUGAUAAUUCAUCAACGAAUGAUAAACGAGUUGACCCAGUUGGUUUUCUUACUCGACUUGGUAUUACCCACAAAGCUUUUUCUCAAUUUUUGCGUGAAAGGCAUAAGGCUUUGAAAGAGCGUAAAGAUGAAAUUUUUGAGAGGUUUAUGAAUCUCAAAGAAUUGGCUUCCGGGCAUGAAUUGUUGGGUAUGCAUCGCCACCCGCAACAUCGUAUAGAUUUCAUUGAAUGGGCUCCAGGCGCACGAUAUUGUGCCUUGGUUGGUGACUUCAAUGAUUGGUCUCCUACUGAAAAUUCUGCUAGAGAAGGUCACCUUGGGCAUGAUGAUUAUGGGUACUGGUUUAUAGUUCUUGAUGAUAAGUUGCGGGAUGGAGAAGAGCAAGAUGAUCUCUAUUUCCAGCAAUACAAUUAUGCUGAUGACUUUGACAAAGGUGAUGGUGGGGUUUCUGCCGAAGAAGUUUUUCAGAGAGCAAAUGAUGAGUACUGGGAACCAGGGGAAGAAAGGACCCUUAAAUCUCGAUAUGAAGUUGCGUUUAAAUUGUAUGAAAAAAUAUUUGGCCCUAAUGGUCCACAAACAAUGGAGGAAUUGGAAGAAAUACCAGAUGCUGAAACAAGAUAUAAAGCUUAUAGAGAACAACAUAAAGAUAAGCCUCCUGAAUUUUUUCGUUAUGAUGUGGUUGAUAGUGGGAAGGAAUAUGACAUUUAUAAUGUUGUAGAUGAUCCUAUAUCCCGAGAGAAAUUUCGUAAGAAGAAGCCUCCUCUUGCUUACUGGUUUGAGACACGAAAAGGAAGAAAAGCUUGGAUGAAAAAGUAUUCUCCUUGCCUUCCUCAUGGAAGCAAGUACAGGGUCUAUUUCAACACUCCUGAUGGGCCUUUGGAGAGAGUUCCAGCAUGGGCGACUUAUGUUCUUCCAGAUGAGGAAGGAAACCAACCUUGUGCUGUUCAUUGGGAGCCACCACCUGAGAGUGCUUACAAGUGGAAGAACAAGCACCCAAAGACCCCAAAGGCUUUGCGCAUUUAUGAAUGUCAUGUCGGAAUUAGUGGGUUAGAGUCAAAGAUAACCUCCUUUAAUGAGUUUACUGAGAAGACCCUUCCUCACAUAAAGGAGCUUGGAUACAAUGCUAUCCAACUUUUUGGGGUUAUUGAGCACAAAGAUUACUUCACAGCUGGUUAUAGAGUUACAAACAUGUAUGCUGUAAGCAGCCGAUACGGCACUCCAGAUGACUUUAAGCGCCUGGUUGAUGAAGCUCAUGGUCUAGGACUGCUAGUCUUCUUGGACAUCGUACAUUCAUACUCAGCAGCAGAUGAGAUGGUUGGAUUAUUGCAUUUUGAUGGAACAAAUGACUGCUACUUUCAUACUGGAAAACGAGGACACCACAAAUAUUGGGGGACUAGAAUGUUCAAGUAUGGUGAUGUUGAUGUGCUACAGUAUCUGCUUUCCAAUCUGAAUUGGUGGGCCGAAGAAUACCAAAUUGAUGGCUUUCAGUUUCAUUCGCUCUCCUCAAUGAUUUAUACACACAACGGAUUUGCUACUUUUACCGGUGAUUUUGAAGAAUACUGCAAUCAGUAUGUGGAUAGGGAUGCCCUAAUGUAUCUCAUUAUGGCCAAUGACAUCCUGCAUGCCCUUCACCCCCAUCUUAUAACUAUUGCGGAAGAUGUGACGUAUUAUCCUGGGUUGUGUGAACCUACUUCUCAAGGUGGUCUAGGAUUUGAUUACUAUGUGAAUCUUUCUGCUUCAGAAAUGUGGUUGAACUUUCUUGAAAAUAUUCCCGACGACAAAUGGAGCAUGAGUAAGAUUGUGAGAACAUUAACGGGAAACAAACUGCACGCUGAUAAGAUGCUUUUGUAUGCUGAAAAUCACAAUCAGUCGAUAUCUGGAGGUCGGUCUUUUGCAGAGAUAUUGUUUGGUGAAAGGGACGGACAAUCACCUGAAUCAACGGACUUAUUGUUGAGAGGGUUAUCAUUGCACAAACUUAUCCGAUUGAUUACCUUUACUAUUGGUGGCCAUGCUUAUCUCAAUUUCAUGGGCAAUGAAUUUGGUCAUCCCAAGAGAGUUGAGUUCCCGACUGCAAGCAAUAACUUCUCAUCGGAACUAGCAAAUCGUAGUUGGGAUUUGUUAAAAGACCAAGGACUUCAUUAUGAUUUACUUUCCUUUGACAAGGAUAUGAUGAAAUUGGAUCAAACAGAAAGGGUCCUGUCAAGAGGCUUACCAUAUGUUCACCAUGUGAAUGAUGAUACCAUGGUGGUUUCAUACAUGAGGGGCCCACUUCUAUUUGUAUUUAAUUUUCAUCCGACUAAAUCAUAUGAGACGUAUAGUGUCGGAGUUGAAGAAGCAGGGGAGUAUCAAAUCAUAAUCAACACCGAUGAAGAGAAAUAUGGCGGAAGAAACACUAUCAGCAGCAAGCAAUAUCUCCAAAGAAGCGUUAGGAAGAGAAUCGAUGGUCUCCAAGAUUGUCUACAUCUUCCGUUGCCUAGUAGAACAGCCCAGGUCUACAAAUUAUCUCGGAUAUUAAGGAUGUGAUGCUUGGCGGAUCAGGAUCAUAAUUAGCCUCCGUCUCGGACUGUUGUGACUGUGUACAAGCUCAUCAACCGAGAAUCUGGAUGACGGAGUUUAGAGUCAGCCAUCAAUGUGUUUUUUGGUUAAGGAAACGGAAAUAAUCAUCAUCAAAAUAUUACAGCGACUCUUCUCAACAAUUGCUAUCUGUACAUAUGAUGCAUGACGACUACCGCUUCUACAAGAGACUUACGUGGGAUGCAAUUGUUCGAGUUCAAACUAAUAUUAAAUGUACUUGUUUAAAUCUUGAUCAGUAACUCGUGCGAUAGAAGAUGACGGCUUUCUCGACUCUUGGGCGUCAGCCGCCGUCAAGUAGUAGUGUUGUACGUAAUUGAUUGUUGAACAAUCCAACUUUUACGCAAAUUGGUGAAAGUAAUCUUUGCACAAUCAAUGUAUAAUCUUUGUCAUCAA